UGAGUGUGCAGAGUUGUGCAGUGACUGAACACAAACAGACGAGCAGCACCGAGCAGUUAUAAAGAAUGUGACAGCCUGUUUAUUUUUUAGUUUUAUUUAAGUCUUAGAUCCUGGUCGCCAAUAUUUUGUUUUUGUCUCUGACAUUGUGUUGAAGAAGUCAUGGAGCCGAUAACGAAGUGGACGCCAAAGCAAGUUGUAGACUGGAUGAAAGGUUUGGAUGACAGCCUGCAGCAGUAUGUGAGCAACUUCGAGCGGGAGAAGAUUAGUGGGGAGCAGCUACUGAAGAUCACUCAUCAAGACCUGGAGGAGCUCGGCGUGGCCAGGAUUGGACACCAGGAACUGGUGCUGGAGGCUGUCGAUCUGCUCUGCGCUCUGAACUAUGGAGUAGAGACAGACAACUUGAAGAAUCUGGUCGUGCGGAUGAGAGCUGCCACCAACAGUUUACACAUGGCCAUUUCUGAUCGUAGAAAAAGCCCCGCGUAUGACGGCAGCACCUCACGCAAGCCUCCCAACGACUUCCUUACCUCUGUGGUGGAGCUGAUCGGCGCUGCAAAGAGCCUUCUGGCUUGGCUCGACAGGACGCCUCUUACAGGGAUCAGUGACUUCACAGCCACCAAGAACAAGAUCAUUCAGCUGUGCCUGGAGCUCACCACCACAGUUCAACAGGACUGCAGUGUUUACGAGAUGGAAGAGAAGAUCCUGGAAGUUUCUAAGAUUUUGAACAGCAUCUGUGAUCAGACUGUGAGAACCACUUCUGACCCCCUGAUGAGCCAGUCGGCCUGCUUGGAAGAAGUCCAGCUGACCAAUAUCAAACCGGGCGAGGGUUUGGGGAUGUACAUCAAGUCUACCUACGAUGGGUUACAUGUCAUCACGGGAACCACAGAACAUUCGCCUGCAGACCUGACCAGGAAGAUCCAUGCAGGUGACGAGGUGAUCCAGGUUAAUCACCAGACAGUGGUGGGCUGGCAGCUGAAAAACCUGGUUAUCAAACUGAGGGAGGACCCCAAAGGUGUGGUUCUACUCCUCAAGAAGAGGCCCACGGGCACAACAGGUUUCACCCCCGCCCCACUCAAGAACAUGCGCUGGAAGCCUCCAGUACCUCAGAACAAUUCCUCCUUGAUCAGAGCCCAGUCUCCCUGCGGCUCAGCUAACGGAUCGACCAGAAAAGAGAAGCCAGCGAUCCUGGACUUGUACAUCCCACCUCCCCCCCCGGUUCCAUACACCCCACGAGAGGCGAGAACAGACUCCUUCUCUAGCAUUAGUAAAAGACCAAAGGGCUCUGAGUCACCCAACUCCUUUCUGGACCAGGAGAGCAGAAGACGCUGCACGAUCGCAGAUUAUGACAAGUUAAGCGUUGGCUGUCCCAUCGAGGCCAACGUGAUACAGCCCAGAAUGAGAGAGCACAAGCCUUCGCGUGGAAAACCCCGGCCCCUGUCCAUGCCAGUAGAUACUUGUGUUGGAGUGGUAGAUCCCUACGCCAGGCCCUGGGCACAGGGAAGGAAAGGUGAAGACCUCCUGUACAGAUACCUGAGCAAUGAGAGGAUCCCUACCAUAGCAGAGGAGGUCCCCUCAGUGUCUCCACCCUACAGGCCCGCAGGGGAACGUCACCUCGUCAGAGUGGACCACAUCCGCGGCAGCCGCUACUACUCCAACUCAGACCUCCACAACAGCGCUACCAUCCCGUACCAGGAGGACACGAAGAAGGCCCCCGUGGCCCCCAUCACCAAGCGCACAACAGCAGAACGCUCACUACUGGGACCUGACUGGCACUCUAGCCGUGACUUCCUCAACCGGUAUAAUCAGCCACAGAUGCGAUCCUGGUCCUUCUCUCAAGCAGCUGCCUUCCCUUUAUCUGUGUCCCUGCCUAUGGCUGCCGAUGACUACAACCCUGUCUCCCUCCGUCACAAAUCUAAGAAGAAGAGCCGAGGAGGCAAUGGUACGAUGAGCAGAAGACGAAUCUCGGUCAAAGAGCUGGGUCAGCCAGAUCACCAGGGCUGGCUUUACAGAAAGAAGGAGAGUAAAGGCUUUCUGGGUAUUAAAUGGAAGAAGUACUGGUUUGUUCUGAAGAAGACAGCUCUCUACUGGUACACCAACCAACUGGCGGAAAAAGCCGAGGGCUACAUUGACCUCGCCAACUUCAUGAUUGACAGAGCCAUAGAGUGCAAGAAGAAGCAUGCAUUCAAGGCCUGUCACCCUCAAGUCAUGAUGUUUUAUUUUGCUGCUGAGAGCCAUGAGGAGAUGAAUUUAUGGUUGAAUAAGCUUGGUCUAGCCUCCAUUCAGUAUGAGCCAGCUGAAGGAAACCCUGCAGCCGAGUGUUAUAGUGAAGCCAGUGACCAUGAGGAGGCUGAAAGCACAGAGAUCCCCCCUCCACCAUACUGUGAACAGACCCUGCGGGACCCUGUGGAUGGGUCUGUACCACCUGGUAGCACACAUCAGGGUACCCUUCCUCCCCCUUACUCCUCUACAGUCCCCAGCGAAGCCAAUGGUUCGCUCUCGUCACCCGUCAGUACAAUGACGUCGCAGAGCUCCGCCUCCUCGCUCGCCAAGCACCGGCAGUCCUGGAUGGACCUGGUCUCACAAGCGCCUCCUUCCGCUGGGGAAACGGCAGUGGUGUGCUCCGCUCAAGUACACUUGCAUCAGCCUCCACAAGAAGAGACAGAGGAGGAGGAGGAAAACUCCCAGGUGUUGGAGAGCUCAGCUGCCCAGGACUCCACAGAAACAGGGUCUAAUGAGGAAAGUCCCGCUGUGGAGGGGGAGGCUCCCAGGGAUGUCUUAGGUGCUCAAGAUGAAGGGAAUCAUGGGAACAGCUCAGAUGAAAUGGAGAAGCUGUAUAUUCACCUAAAAGAGGCCAGCCUGUCGCCAAUAGGAGAUCGUAAACCAUCCACGAAAAGGGAAUUCAGGGCCUCCUUUGUAAAACGCUGUAAAAACCAUACAAUCAACGAUAAGCUGCACCUGAUCAGGACACUCAACAGCACAUUGAAGUCAAAAGAAACAGACCUACAGGCAAUAGAGCAGGUGCUGUCCGACCGGGAGCUUACCUCACAGAAGUUCAAAAAGUGGAAGGAGGCCAAUGCACCCUUGGUGCAGGAGAUCUGUGUCAAACAGAACCAGCAGGUGGCAUCAGAGGCCACAGAAGCUGCAGCAUCAGUCAUUGCUGCUCCAGUGGUGGAGACCAGUUUAUAAAGACUUCUAUCGACUGUGUCUGGACUCACAGGACCUCACACUCAUGUGCUUUGGAUAUACAUGUUUACUGCUGUUUUCAGUUGAGACUACUGUUCUGUAUCAGCAGACUCUAAGUGCUCUUCAGCAGGUAACUGGAUCAAUGAAGAAGAGUGUUUUUAGUUCCUAAAUGCAGAUGGUGCAGACAUUACAUGAAUAGCAAGUCAAAUUAAAAUGUGAAAUGUGUUUUAGUAUUACUUUUACAGUUUGAUUUGUAAGAUUAGCUAAUUUUACAGGUAAUUGUUUUUAUGAUGCAAUUCUGUGAACCUUUGCAUAAAUAGAUUUAAUAUUUGGAAUGAUGGAGUACGUUGAAAUAAUGGAUCCAUUGUUCUCUGCAUGGAAAACACUUGUUUUUACAGUAUAUUUUAUCCGUUUGGAUUCCACCAGUAGUGAACAAAUUUUUAUCUCUUUUUGGUCUUUUAUUGGUGCCAUGCACCAUCACUGCCUGUCACACUUUAGUUUCACAGAAAGUGUUGUGAGUGAUCGCACCGAUCAUUGGGCGUGUUGUUCAGCGUUGUUCGCCCAUUGCAUCGUCAUACUCACCAUUAAGACUUUUAAGACUGAACACCUGGGCUUGCCCCAACAAAAUAAGUGGUCACACAUUAUGAUCAUAUCAGAUUUUAAUUCUGAUUAAUCAAAGGAUCAAAUCAGAUCAUUGCUACUACAACAAAAUUUAAAACCAAGAUGUCAGUGGGCACCACAUUUUUCAGUAGAAAAGGAUAUGUGGUUUUGUAUUAUACUAAAUCACAAACUGUUCCAACCUCACUGACGAACAACAAAUAUUGACAGUAACAGAUGCCUUCAUUUAUAUUUUAUUGCAAAUGUAAUAAAGACUUUAUUACUAACUGCUGUCAAUGAUAUAUACAGUGAAUUGGACUUGAGGCCGUAUUUAGUGCAUCCAUGUGUUGUGUGCAAACACAGGAUGCAUGGUGGAUAAUUCUCAGGAGAAACACUGAAAUUGUUAAUAAAGACUGAUCCAUCAGGCCAGCAACACCCAACCCCUGUACAACUUUCACAGAUAAGCAGAUGAUUAGGAGAUCAUGCAGCUGCAUACACCAGGCAUUAUGUGACUGUAGCCUGACUGGCUCCUGAGAGCUACAGGCUUAGGAAGCAUGGGCCGGGCAGUGGGCCUCCGAUAAACCUGCUGGUAGGGGCCCAACCAAGCUCCAGAUUCAAAGAUGCUUUUUUUUCCUUAAUUAAGUUUCAUCUGUUGUUCAUGUUAUAUAUUAACUAAGUGUAAAUAGCUGUAAAUGCAUAUGUGAUGUUAAUUUUCAGUGAUCUCUAUUCUGGUAUGAAAGUCAGUGUCAUAGUUUGUUUACGGGGAAAUAAAGUGUUGUCACAGGA